AUGCGAACAAAAGUCAAUUCAAAUGACACCAAAUCUAGUGAUGUGUCAAACGAUGCUAUCGUUAAAGACAUUGUCGGACACGACCUCAACGAUCAGAUGCUCACUCCAGAGACCAACUCUGACCAACCGGUGCUUCAGACAAACUCCACUCAAUUGCCGGCCAUUGACUCAAAUGGCGCUACAAAUAAAGUUUUGGAUGAAAUACAUAAACCGGAUAACGAAGAGUCCGUCGCAAAUGGUUUUGACGAUAAUAUGGCGAAAGAGGACAACACAUCCGCUAAUGUGACAGCAAUUGUCGCAACAGAUGUUCCCAACGGAUCAGUCGUUACGCCGAAAGUGACCCGAAAUAAGCGAAAUAGCGUUCAAUUAACAGCAAUCACACCAAUUGAGACACCGAAGAGUGACGACAAGCAGAGCCAACUCGACUCAGAGCACAGACUCACCCGAAGUCGAUACGGAAGACUGCAAAAGGCAAAGACACCGAAUCCAGAGAUGAUUACAUACGACCUGAAGAGACGGUCUUCAGUGAAAAGCAUCGACGCCUCCGAAACAUCGGAGACACCCGUCAAGAGAGAGCCAAAAGGCAAAAGAGAUGAUAAGAAGACUACUUUGGAUGAAUCGACGCCUAACUUGAGAAAAUCGAAACGAAGAAUAUCUGAAUCUCCGGCGAAGAGCGGCAGAAAGAGAAGAUCUAAUAAAAUGGAUGAAACUAACGAUGAAAUCAAAAGCAAAGUCAACGAAACUGAAGCGAAGACUCCGACGCCGGCCUCCAAGAAAAAAGCGGUCGUCAGUCGUUCCGAAUCAGUGCCUCAGAAAAAGUGCAUUGAAUUGACGGGAGACCCGACGUCUACUAUAGUGGACCGUCACGUCCUCCUAACGAUUCCCCCACAAGAGGGCGAUUACUGUGUCGGUGAUCUCAUUUGGGCCAAAGUGUCGGGCUAUCCCUGGUGGCCGUGUAUGGUAUCACUCGACCCCAUCACCGCUCUCUAUUCGAAAGUUUCCGGAAUGAGUUACAAAGCCGGUCGUGUAUAUCACGUCCAGUACUUUGGAUCUCAAGCACUCCGCGGCUGGACUUCUAUCGGACAAGUGAUGCCAUUUGAGGGAAAGGAUAAGUACUCAGAAAAGGUUGAAUUGCUAAAAGAGAGUUCACCGAAAGCGCAAAUUGCAAAAGUGGCGCAAAAAUAUGCAAUAAAAGCGACCGCAAAGAAACAAUGGGACCAAUCGGUAGAAGAGGCCGAAGAAGCGGCCAAAAUGACGAGAGAGGAAAGAGUCAGAAGUCUUACCUUUGAAUACAUUCUCUCCUCAAAAGUAAAUUUGCGACGAAAACUGGAGAAUUCUUUUGGCGAACAAAAUGAUUCCAAACGUAAAAAGCUUAGCAGUUCUCCCGAAGACAUCUACGACUUCGAUGACGACGACGCGUCCAUUAAUGUCUCGCAAUCAACGCCUGGCCUUAUGUGGAGAAAGAGAGUGCAAAAGGGAGACUUUGCCAUCUAUGUUGAGCGCCACUACAAGACUGUUGAGGCAGAGAAUGCCGGCGCCAAUCGACAGGAAGUGGAAGAAAUGCUUCAAAGACGUUGGGAUCUACUCGGAGAAGACUUGAGAGCGCUGUACACCGACCGCAAGUUCGCGCCAACCAAUGAAAGUGAGAGCCCAGCCAUCAUUACUCCCAAAAGCAUUGCAUCAAACAAAACACAAUCCGAGUCUAAACCCAAAAGAGGCAGAAAAUCGAAACAACAAACGCCAGCAAAAAGUAUCGUCAAAACUGGAAGCGAUGGAAGUGAUUGCGAAGGAAAUCUGGUUAUAUCUGAGACUCCAGUUAAAAAAUCUUCGCCUAAAAAGGCAGUGAAAUCUGAGCGCAAAUCCAAUGGACCGUCUCUUAAGACAUUAAAUUCAGAGAAAAAAUCCGAACCGAAAGGAACACAAAAUAAAAAGACACCGAAAAAAGCGGCGAUUCCGACACCAAAGUCAUCGAAAGCGUCCGUCGAAAAGACUGCUCAAGUGGUGAACGGAACCAAUGAUAAAGCUGUUCAAAGCACUGAUCCAUCUCUCGUCCACUUUGGCAUCGACUAUAUGGACGAGUUUACAAGCAGUGAAGACACGAGUUCCACAUCUGAGCCAGAAGUGGUCGAUGGCGUCAAGACUUGUGUCGAUAAAUUUUGUGUUGUUUGCAACGAGUCGGACGAUUCGGAUUCAUUGUUGGCGUGUCAGGGAAGUUGUCUUCAGAUGUAUCACAAAAAAUGCUCCAAAUUUGAAGGAAUUGACACUCAAUUCAAAUGCAUUGAAUGCCAAACAGGAAAACACAAAUGUUUUGUUUGCAAAAGCGCUGAUAAUAAAGAGGAGAAAGAGCCCCAAAAGUGCAAUGACACGAAAUGUGGCAAAUUUUAUCACAUGAGUUGCAUUGAGAAGGGAUUUCCCGUUAAAUUGACGGAAUUGAAGGACAGCUUUCUUUGUCCGUUUCACUUCUGCCUUAACUGUCAUAUUGAGAGUCAAAACGAUAAAGAAUUCCGUCCGAGUCGUCGCCGUCUAGUGAAGUGCAUAUUCUGUCCGACGGCUUACCAUUUGGGCGACUACUGUAUCGCCGCCGGAACUGUUCAGGUCUCACAAAAUUACGUUAUUUGUCCCGACCAUCACGAGAAGAAGAAGAAAGACAAACACGUGAACGUCAACUACUGUUUCUCGUGUCUAACCGGGGGUCAACUUAUAUGCUGUGAGUCGUGUCCGGCGGCCUUUCACACCAGUUGUUUGGAUUAUAGCUUAGAUCCCGACUCUAACUUCUAUUGCACUGACUGUACGUCUCGAAAGCCUCUGCAUUACGGAGACAUAGUUUGGGUGAAACUUGGAUUCUAUCGUUGGUGGCCGGGAAAGGUGUCGCACCCAAAGCAAGUGCCCGACAAUGUGAUGAAACUGCCGCACGGAGUCGGAGAGUUUCCCGUCUAUUUCUUUGGAUCGCACGACUAUUAUUGGGUUCAUAGGGGACGGGUGUUCCUCUUCAUGGAGGGCGACAACAAAGCGGCCGUCGCUAACUGUAGCGGCAAAAAGAACAACAAAUCGCUUCUCAAAACAUUCAAAUUAGCGACCGAAGAGGCGGCCGAACACUUCAAGUUAUGGCAGGAGUCGAAAGGAGCCAUCAGGAGAGCAAUGGCUGCAAAUAAGCCGCCGCCCUAUACACACAUAAGAUCUAACAAAGCGGUGGGGCUUAAAGUCCAGGUCACGAAUUCAGACGAAUCACACAUCAGUUUAUGUGAAUGCAAAGUGAAGAACGACGUGUCGUGUAAUGACGAGAACUGUAUCAACAGAGCACUGAUGGUUGAAUGCGAUCCCAAACUGUGUACAGCAGGCGAUAAGUGCAGGAAUCAGAGGUUCAAAAAGAGAGAAUACGCGGCCACUAAACCGUUCAAAACAGAGUCCGCCGGUUGGGGUCUCAAAGCCGAUGAGGACAUCAAAAAAGGACAGUUUGUUAUCGAAUACGUCGGGGAACUGAUCGAUGAGGACGAGUGCGAGCGACGACUCAAAUCGAUGGGAGAUAACAAUCAAUCAAAUUUCUAUUUCCUAACCAUCGAUAAGGAGAAGAUUAUUGACGCCGGACCUAAAGGCAAUUUGGCUCGAUUUAUGAACCACUCGUGUCAACCCAAUUGCGAGACACAGAAGUGGAUGGUGAACGGCGCCACUCGGGUCGGACUCUUUGCCGUGUGUGACAUUCCCACCGGAACUGAACUCACAUUUAACUAUAAUCUCGAUUGUCGUGGGAAUGGGAAAACCAAAUGCAUCUGCGGUUCUGCCAAUUGUUCCGGAUUUAUAGGCGUUCGACCCAAAGCUGAUGAUAACAACAGAAAGGGUGCGACCAAUGGUCAGACCGUCAAGAAGAAGAAGAAGAGGAAUGAGAAGGGAUUCAAGCGAAUGCAUGACGACGAGUGCUUCACGUGUGGAGAGGGCGGUGACCUCGUUAUGUGUGACCGCAAAGGCUGUCCCAAGUCUUACCACUUGGAGUGCCUCAAACUGACGCAAACCCCGAAAGGCAAGUGGGAGUGUCCGCGACAUUUCUGCGACACCUGCGGCAAAGCGGCCACAGCUCUGUGCGAACUCUGUCCCAACUCUCUAUGCAAAGAACACGCCAUUCCAUCCAAACUCACACAAUUACCCGAUGGGAGACUCGUUUGUUCAGAUCAUCCAAACCAAGACAUGGAUGAACUUCUUGACAAUACUGACGACAUGGAGACCGCGAGGGAUGAAAAGGCGGACAAUGAAGAGGUUGCGGAGAACGAGUCGUCACUGGUUUUGGACAUGUCUUCAAACGCCAAUCCAGACACUGUUGCUAACAGUGAGAGUGAAUGCCUGGAAUGAGUGCAUGUUUUUGUAGUAAAAUAUAUACAUUUAAUUUAAAGCGUUCAUUGAGUUACUGAACUCGUCAUUAAGAAUAUAACGAAUCGAUUAUUUUAACACAAGAAUACUUUUGAAUAACAAUUCAUAAAAAUGU